AUGAAAUUGUAUUUUCUAAUCGCGUUUGUGGCUGCUGUGGCCGUUGUGGUCUACGGAAGACAGACGGUAUACUUUCAAUGUAUGAGCUACAUCUCGCUGCAAAAGUGGAACAUCAGUCAAGGGACUUGCAACACAAUGAGCAAGAGGAACAAAGAGGCGUGCGAUGUGAGGUUUUUCAAAUAUAUAUUAAAACAUAAAAUGAACUAUAGGGGAGUUGGUUUAAUAUAGAAACACAUGCGGAUCGCUUUGAAGUUUGUACUACUCGGGAAAAAAUUCCUGGGGAUUUGCAAUCUGCGGUGGUUUCGGGUCGCUAAAAUCGCUAAAAAGUGCUUUACACAGGUAAAGCCUCAGCCCAAGAAAGCUUAUUGGACGACGCAAACAACAAGAAAUCGCACAGUCCUUUCUCUUUCGCAAGGUUCAUGCCGCGAAAAUCACCCCUCCGACUUGUAUGUGUAGCUAGCCAAAUGGUUGUUUUUCAUGUAUAGGUUCAACGCAAAAAAAAACGAAAUUUCAGAAGGCCUACGAAGACUACUCGAAACCAUUCCGCGACCUGGCUCAUGAAACAACUGUAACCAUUGGUUACAUCAAUUGCAAGUUUUGGCGCUGCGAAUUGACCAAGGAAUUUUGUGAAGCCAACAAAGCCAGAUUUGAGAGACUCCCCUUCCGUUGA